GACAUGUAGUUGUAUUUAUUUGCGAUUUAUUUCUCUGGGCAAUUGGUCGCUAUUGUUUCCCUGUUUCGUGAAUUAUUUGCGUAUUUCAUUAAUAUGCCCUAAUUAAUUCACCAUAAGUUGUGGUUUACCCGUUAAUUCCAUCCAUUUCGUUCGACAGCCAUGGCGUUGACUAACGUGCUUCUGGCGAGCCAGAUCGCUGGCUACGUUAUAGGCUUUAUAUUCUCCCUCUGUAUUAUUGUGCCUAUGAGCAUGCACCAGGAUGAGUUCAACGGCCACUGCCUGCUGUUCUCCAAGGGCGAGUGGCAGGAGUUGGACGGCCAGCUGCUAGUGGAGUGGGCGGCGCGCGGCUACUGCGAUUACGUCAUCGUCGUGGGCGUCAUCAUGUUCAUCAUCUGCUGCAUUCAGAUAUACAGGUUGUCGGUGUUAAUGUACAAAGGGUCGGACAGCUCGUUCCUGUCUGCAUUCGUGGAGGCAGUCGCCUGCGUGCUGCUCUGCCUCCUGGUGGUGGCUGCAGCUGUGCUCAUCACGCUCGGCUUCAUGAACUGGUGCCAGAUUAUAGUGGAACGGUUCCCCAGUUGUGAAGAUGCAGCUGGACAGGAUAUCGACAAAAAAGAUAAAAUAAAAACUAAUUGGUUCUACAUGGAAAUGGGCACCAUACAAUUCGGUGCGUGGGGAGCAUUCGCGACGUCGGUGGGGCUGGCGGUGUUCUCCACGCUCAAGGUGUGCCGCUACCACCAGCUCCAGAACAUACAGGAGUCGAUGUACCGCGAGCGGCAGCGGCUCGUCAACGAGAGCGAGUCGCCGGGCGCGCCCGACGGCCGCUCCACGCCGCCGCUGCCCGAGCCCGAGCCCUAGGCCUCUGCUACAGGACAGGCCUGCUAUACUGCGCUCAUUAAUCUACAUCCUCUAAGUGAUAUUCAGAUCUAGUAAGUAAUUUGUCCGAAUGUGAAACUUCAGCAAGCGACACACUGAGUCUGAAGUUCUGAACCAUAUAAUGUAUCUCUAUGUAAGAAUAGAAAGAGUCAGUUAUUAAUUACUAAGACAAAAUACGAUAUCUUUUUCCAGGUUUAAUAAAUCAACCAUAUCAUGUUCACAACCACAAAGGUACUGGAAAUUAUAUUAUGCCCAUUAUUAAACUAAAAAUAGUUAAAUGUAUAAAAAUCAAUACAUACCUAAUAUGACAUGUAAUUUUAGUGUACAAAGUAAGUUUUAUUUUAAGAAAAUUUACAAUAUUAUUUCAAGACGUAUAGUUCAUGAUCUCACUUAUCAUUUCGGCUUAUAGCUUUUGAUGAUUUCCAAUCCAUUUAUUUAGUAGAAUAUAUAAUCAUAAUGAAUUCACCAUUUUAAUGUUAUCAAAGAUGAUUUAAAAUUAAAGUGAAAUCCAAAUGAUCAUCCAUCAUAACCAUUGGUUGUUUAUUUAUAAAAUGUAAAAAUAGAUUUUAUAUUGACAUACCUACUUAAUAUGUUUAACAUUAAAGUUUUGUAUGUAUGUAUUUUAGGAAUACAUAUAUUAUAUCGCCGCCACGUGGUGUGCUUAUUUGUAUGAGACUGCGGAGGCCCGCGCUUCGACGGCCAUUUCAUACAAAUAUCACCAGACUUUUUGAUUUGUUGCUAAAAAUAAAUGCAAAGAUAUAUUGUGGCCUUUGUUAGUUUAUGUUAGAAUUAUGUAUAUUUCAGUAGCAUCUUCAGAGUUUUCUUAGCAUUAUUUAGCAACAAACAAGUCAUUAUUAAAUUAUUUAACUUGUAGAUAUAACAUUGUUAAUAUUUGAAUGAAUUAAUCAUUGUGUAGAGAAGGCGUUAUUGUACAGCCGCGGUGCUAAG